AUGUUCAAGAAAGCUGUCAAUGAUCACCCGGGAGAGGCGACCUCCAAACCUCUUCAAUCCAAUCUGCUCCACAUGAACGCAUCUCUAUCAUCAAGAAACCCCCCUGCUCCUCUCCAAUCAGCCGGUGUUAAACGAAAAAUCGAGAUGAACCAUGGCGGAGGCUCGACGCUCGGCUCCCUCCACAGCACGGUGUAUUUCGAUGAAAAUGACUUUGACGAUGACUUGGAUCUCGACGACCUUGACGAACCACUCCCCUUCACUGCGCCGACAAAAACCUUUGCGAAGCCAGAUCCGGUCACUUAUCCCAACAUCGAAUCAACUACCACAGACGGCAAACCACUCAUUGAUAUUACCUACCCCGAUCUGCCACCUGCAUCUCAAGAAAACGCCCCACCCUCGAGCAGUUUCCAAAUUCCAUGGUCAUCCUCACCCCCGUCUCAUUUCCAAGCACCUCCCAAACCGCGCACUUUACCGUGGUUACAGCCGGGCAGGAAUGAGCCAGGCACAGAUACCAAGAAUAGUCUCAUCACUCCCAAACGUACGAAACCUUCGAAGCCUACAGAUAUUUGGAACAAGAGUGCCAGUGCUAUCAAGGAAGAGCAAAAGGAGUUGAGACGAGAAUACAAGAAAACUUCCAAAGAUGCCACGCAAGAGAUGGCAUUUCCGACUUUGAAACCUGGGAGUAUAUGCCUAAGUGAGGAACAAAAGGGCGUUCUAGAGGCUGUCGUCGAGCGUGGGAAGAGCAUUUUCUUUACCGGUUCGGCAGGUACUGGAAAAUCGGUUCUUAUGAGAGAGAUCAUCAAGCAGUUACGUCUCAAAUAUAAAAGGGAACCAGAUCGCGUUGCCGUGACAGCAUCAACUGGACUCGCUGCCUGCAACAUCGAAGGUGUCACACUUCACAGUUUUGCUGGUAUUGGGUUAGGCAAAGAGGCAGUUCCAGAAUUGGUCAAAAAGAUCAAGAAAAACCAGAAAGCACGGAAUCGCUGGCUGCGCACAAAGGUUCUUGUCGUUGAUGAAGUAUCAAUGGUUGAUGGUGACCUGUUCGAUAAACUCGAGGAAAUCGCUCGGCGCAUCAGAAACAAUGGUCGUCCGUUUGGAGGGAUCCAAUUGGUUGUCACCGGUGAUUUCUUCCAACUGCCCCCCGUCCCAGAGAGAGGCCAGGAUGCAAAGUUUUCCUUCGCAGCGGCAACCUGGAACACUACCAUCCAGCACACUAUUCUACUGACUCAUGUCUUCCGUCAACGUGACCCCGAGUUUGCGGCGAUGUUGAACGAGUUGCGACUGGGAAACAUCAGCCCUGCGACAGAGUCAGCUUUCCGAAAACUCGCACGGCCUCUCGGAUUCCAUGAUGAGCUUGAUGCGACUGAACUAUUUCCCACUCGACAGGAGGUCGAUAAUGCCAAUUCCGCCCGCAUGGCAAGGUUGUCUGGUGACAUGCAAACAUUUAACGCUGUUGAUUCCGGAACUAUCCAAAACGAGGCACAACGCGAAAAGAUGCUGUCAAAUUGCAUGGCUCCGAUAACGAUCAGACUCAAAAAGGGUGCCCAAGUCAUGCUGAUCAAGAACUUGGAAGAUAACUUGGUCAAUGGAUCUAUUGGCCGAGUAGUAGCCUUCAUGGAUGAGGCAAACUUCGACUACUACAAAACCAAUGAAGACGAGUUUCACCCCGAUAAAGACCCCAACCUCGACGAUGAAGAUGAUGGUGCCGCUCGUGCACGGAAAAAACUCAAGCCUUUGACCAACAAGGACGGCCCAGCUGUGAUUACACGAAAAUGGCCCCUGGUUUGUUUCACUCUACCCGAUGGCACAGAAAGGCAUCUUUUGUGCCAGCCGGAGGCAUGGAAAAUUGAGCUUCCUAACGGUGAAGUGCAAGCUCAACGUCUCCAAGUACCCUUGAUCUUGGCAUGGGCCCUUUCCAUCCACAAGGCUCAGGGUCAAACAUUGCAACGAGUCAAGGUCGAUUUGGGACGGGUCUUUGAAAAGGGACAGGCAUAUGUGGCUUUAAGUCGAGCAACUUCGCAAGAAGGCUUACAGGUCACUCGUUUUGAGCCUAGGAAGGUAAUGGUGCACCCGAAGGUGACCGAAUUCUACAAAGAACUUGUGUCAAUUUCUUCGGUGGUGACGGGUCCAAAGUCCAGGAAGAAGGUCAAAGCUUCAACCCCAGACGAUGAGGAGGGCUGGCUUGAUGAUUUAUAA